ACGCUAGCUCCGUGAGCAAGCGCGUAAGCGGGGUUGCACGGGCUUUUAGACCACGCACGCGAGGUAUAAAGACCAAUAUAAAGAGAUCAUCGCGGCGCAGCCAGCAAUCUCAGCGCCAAAAGACAUAGCGGCCGUCAAACACGUCCCGACACACUGAGCUGCAACUUGCCCUCGCGCAGCGCGUCGACGCGGUGCGCGCGACAGAAUGAUGCGCCGAGCGGCCUGCCUGCUCCUCCUCCAGCACGCAAACACACUGCUCCAUGCGCCACCAACGCGACGAGUCAACACCCGCCACUACUCGACGACGGAAGAGACCACAACAAAGUUCGCCGGCGAGCACGGCCCCGCCGACUCUGAGCAGUGGCUCGCGCGGCAGGGCCUCGUGCAGCCCGGCGCGUCGCCGGAGAUCCACGAGAUCGCGCGGAAGGCUAGAAGGAAGAAGAAGGGAACGAAGGCUCUCGCGUUACGGCCCAAAAAGGCAAGGUGGGGCGACGCGGACAAAAUCCGAGACUUGCCCGUCGAGGGCGGCUGGUCGCAAUCACGGCAACGCGGCGCCUCGACAAAAGCGACGGACGCCGUCGAGGGCGAGAAGGCUCGACGGUGCUCGCAGAUUUUGGUGGCCACGUCGGGCGUCGCGAACGAACUGCGGGACGCGCUCUCGAAGGCCAAGGCGGACUUCGGGGCCAUGGCCGAGGCCAUGUCGCUGUGUGAGGUCACUUCCGCUAAGAAAGGCGACGUCGGUUGGUUGGAUGGGAAAGAUGUCGUCGAUGAUGCUACUGAGGCAUUAUUACCUUUAACAGCUAGACUUGAACUGAUGGGCAAACCCCUGAAGCCCGGCGACGUUUCUGUCGUGCAGUCCCAUCUCGGCUACCACGUCAUAAAAAUAGAUGAUAUCAUGCGGGACUUAUCUUUAGUAACGAAGAAACGCAAAAACGCCAUUGAUAAAGGAAUAACGUUGGAGGAGGCCUGCGCGGGCAAGACCUACGCCAUGGUCACGAUGGGCUGCCAGAUGAACGCGGCCGAUUCGGAGCGGCUGGAGGGCGGUCUAUUGGAUCUUGGGAUGACCGAAGCUUCGGAACCUAAAGACGCGGACGUUAUCAUAUUAAAUACGUGUUCGAUCCGGGAGCACGCCGAGGCCAAGGUCUACUCGUAUGUGGGGCCGCAAGCUAAACGUAAGAGGGAUGGCGAAGACGUGACUAUUGUCGUGGCCGGCUGCGUCGCGCAGCAGGAAGGCGCUCGAUUGCUGAGACGAGCCCCGGAAGUCGACGUGGUCAUGGGGCCCCAAUAUGCUAAUAGACUAGCUGAUGUCUUGGAGGGCGUGAUGCUGCGCGGCGAGCAAGUCGAGGCUACUUCGGCGUCGUACGGCGCGCUGGACCACGGCGGCUCGACGACUUCUCGAAGAAGUAGUGAUGUGGUAGCGUGGGUCAACGUGGCCCACGGCUGCAACGAGCGGUGCACGUAUUGCGUCGUGCCGAACACGCGAGGCGUCGAGCAGUCGCGGACGCCGGAAGAUAUCCUGCGGGAGAUUGAUUCUCUGGGUAGAAGCGGCUACCGGGAGGUGACGUUACUAGGGCAGAACGUCGACGCGUAUGGUAGAGAUAUGCGUCCUAGACGUACUUUCUCUGAUCUACUGGAGGCGGUGGCGGACGUCGCUCGCAAACACGAUAACAUGCGGGUGCGCUUCGUCACGUCGCACCCGCGGUACAUUACUAAUGAAGUGAUAGACACGGUCGCGUCUCAUACAGAUGUAUUGAUGCCCGUGUUCCACAUUCCCGCGCAAUCGGGCGACGACGAAGUUCUAAGGCUGAUGGGCCGCGGGUAUACUUCUGAGAGGUACUUGCGAGUCGUCGCAUCAAUAAGGGAGCGGCUGCCGGACGCGACAAUUAGUGGAGACUUUAUCGUGGGCUGCCCGGGCGAGUCUGAUGAGGCCUUCGAGAAGACUUUAGAUCUGAUGGAUUCCGUCGUGUUCGACGCGUGCAUGACGGCGGCCUAUUCCCCGAGACCAGGGACGCCCAUGGCCCACUGGGACGGCGCGUCCGUUGCGUUUGAGACGCUCGGGGUUGAGUUACGAAAGCUCAAGAGUGUUGAUGAAGCUAGGGAGAGUGUGCACGCGCGUUUCAAAGUACUGGCGCAGCAGAAAGCUAAAGCGAAUAAGCACGACGAUGAUGCGGCGUGGGAUUCUGUGGUCGUGGCAAAGCGGGAAGCUCUGGAAGCGUUAGAUCGGGCUGAAAAAGCGCCGCCGUCGGCCUUCCAUCCCUUGUCGGGCGUCGGGCCGGCCCAAUGCCCCGACGAGGUCAAGGAGGAACGCUUGCAACGUAUUAAUGAGAAGGCCGACGCCCACGCUUUACAGAGGUCGGAGCGCUACGUCGGGAGAAUAGAACCGGUCUUGGUGGAAUCUAGGAACACGCGCGUGCCGACGCAAGUCGUGGGAAGGACGCGGGGCAACAAGCUCGUCUUCUUCGAGGGCGACGCGGAGGAACUCGUCGGGCGGACGGUCGACGUGCGCAUUAUUGAAGCGAACACAUUCUCGCUGGUCGGGGAGAGGGUAAGCUAGU